GCCGAGGGCUGGGAGGAGGGAGAGCCGGGCAGGAACGAGGCCAGGCCGGGGGGCCCCCGCGAAGCUGCUCCGGGCCGGCCUGAUCCGCUGCCUGGGGAAGCGGCCCUGCCAGGCUCCGUCCUCGCUGCUCGGGGCUGCGGCGGGCGAGGGGACCGCGGGGCAGAGGCGGCUCGGCGGCGGGGCUCGGCCGGGCAGGGAGAAGCGCCGGAGGCCGCUGAUGGAGGAAGAAGAGGAAGAAGCGGCCGCCCUGCGGGAGCCCAGCAGGGAGAGUUCGACACCGAAUGAAAUGGACGAAGAGCAGCCUUGCAAUUCCAACUUGAAAGAAGAAGAAGUAAGGAAACGUCAGAAUUCGAAUCAAGGUUCCCGGGGCAGCAAUUCUUCCAGAACAUCUAGAAAAAGCUUCCGGUUGGAUUAUCGACUGGAGGAAGAUGUAACAAAGUCAAAGAAAAGUAAAGAUGGCCGGUUUAUAAAUCCCUGGCCAACCUGGAAACCAGUAACCAUCCCAAACUUCUUGAAGUGGAUUUUUACAGAAAAAGACAACAGCAAAGUCCCAAGUUCAAAACAGAUCCUUGACCUACACCUCCCCGUGUUGACACCUUAUUUCGUCCAAAACUCUGAACAGUUUGGAAAGACCGGAGCUGGUAUGCGAGUAACGUGGCUCGGACAUGCGUCGGUGUUGGUAGAAAUGGAUGAAGUUACAUUUAUUACCGAUCCCAUCUUCAGCCAGCGGGCUUCCCCAGUGCAGUUUCUGGGCCCUAAGCGUUUCCGAGGUCCUCCGUGCACCGUCAGCGAACUGCCUAAAAUUGACGCGGUGUUGAUCAGCCACGAUCAUUACGACCAUCUGGAUUAUCCGACCGUCAUGAGUUUAAACGCACGUUUCGGCAGUGAAUUGAGGUGGUUCGUGCCGCUGGGUCUUUUAGAGUGGAUGCAAAAAUACGGCUGCGAGAAUGUCAUCGAACUGGACUGGUGGGGAGAAAACUGCAUUCCUGGUCACGACGCCGUCACCUUUGUUUUCACUCCUUCUCAGCAUUGGUGCAAACGGACCGCCACGGACGAAAACAAGGUUCUUUGGGGAAGCUGGUCGGUUCUGGGUCCUUGGAACCGUUUCUUUUUCGCGGGAGAUACCGGCUAUUGCGUUGCCUUUGAGGAAAUAGGGAAACGGUUUGGGCCGUUCGAUCUUGCAGCCAUUCCCAUCGGAGCCUACGAACCAAGGUGGUUUAUGAAAUACCAGCAUGUGGACCCCGAAGAAGCAGUACGAAUCCAUAUUGAUGUACAAGCGAAGAAGUCCGUCGGGAUUCAUUGGGGAACUUUUGCUUUAGCCAAUGAGUACUACUUAGAUCCACCUGUUAAACUGAAGGAAGCUCUUGACAGAUACGGAUUGCAAACGGAAGAUUUCUUCGUUUUGAACCAUGGAGAAUCACGAGAUAUAAAUAUUAACGAUGACGGAUUUGAAUAGAAGCAGAAAAACUUCUUACCAACCAUAAUCCGGGAGAGGGGGGGGGGCGUGGAGAAUAAGAGUGAAUAUUUUUUUUUUUUUGUAAAACAAAAAUUAAAUAGGCUUUUCAUAGAAAUAUGAUUAAUUAAAUUUUGAAGACUUCAAGCGUGUUCCAUUCUAACAACCUCUUAAAAAAAACCUUGCAUACCGACUUUGUAACAUGAUUUUUGAUGAACGAAUUAACCGUGGAGAGCAUUAACCGAGCUGCAAAUAACUUUUAAGUAAACGUGGAUUCUUCUAUGACGUAAAACUUUGUACAAUUGUUCGUUUGCUCUGGAACGAGUGUAUAAAAUAACUGCUAAGAAUUUAUUCCCAUCCAGACACCCUUUAACAGCAUGUGUUCAGUGCUUGACGGAGCCUGGUUGCAUGUAAAAAUGAAUGUAAAUUUUAGUCCGACCACUAAUAUGCAAACUGACUAUAUGCAGAUCAGUGCUGAUGAGACCUGCCCGAUACAAGUAUGUGUGGUGAUAAGAAUUGUAGAAUCCUUCAAUCCUCUCCCACUCCAUUAACUAAUCAAGAGAGGAACAAAAGACAUGCGUGUGAAGAUGCUGGGAUAAAAACACAAGGCUACCCAAAAACGACCCCUUUGUAUUCAUAACUGGGUGCUGGAUUUAUACACGAAUUGAAAACAUUUCCCGGCAUGCCGAAAUCCGAGUUUUGGAUUAGCGGUGAAGAGUGAUCCUUAGACUUCACUCAGGAGCCACCAUUUUGUUUGCGUGUUUAACCAGACACGAAGCGUACAUAAAAAAGGUCAUUUAGAAUUCGCCACGAUCAUUUCUUUGAACACACAUUCCUACAGCAUGGCUGGUUUUUUAAAAUAUUAAUACUAACACGGCAAUGUUUUUAAAACUUUCCGGGUACAAUCCGUUUACGGGAGUAGCUGUGGUGGAAUCUUGCAUUUUGAACCCUGCAGCCUUAAUGGGCAAAGGACUAUUCGGACUUGGAGCAAAGAUCUCACCCAGAGGGUGUGCCAGGUGCCUUCAAAGCUGUCGAAUUGUAGGACUUGAAAUGAGUCUUCCAACCUAAGUUGCUGCUAAAGCACAUUUUAAGGGAAACCCAGAUUUUACCGAACGCUUACACACACGUCUACUCGCAAACAUGGAAGCUUUGAUUCGAAACGAUCCGUUGAAAUGUGCCUUUUCGAGAAUUUCGAAUGUGGAAAAAUGCCUAACAUUUAUUGUGCUGCUGGCCAAAACGUGUGUGCGCAUUGUGCUGUGACUGUGAAUUGUUUGUUAUUGUCCUCCAAAGCCUUCUAUUGUUUGAGAAUAUGACUGGCAAAGAUAAGAAAGCAUCGGUGGCUCCAAAAAUAAUCUUUACUCAGCUCCAUUUUGUUUGUAUUUCUUUCCUUACGGCCAUAUUGACGUCCAAAACCAGUAAUGAUGUACAGAUUCCUUACAAAGCUGAAAUCACUGAUGAUUGAUGAAUUUGCUCAGCAUUAAUAACAUGACCCAAAUAUGCUUGUGUGAACUUGUUACUUUGACAAUAAAUUCUUGCCCUAAAAUGUU